GUAAACAAAGAGAGAAGUAGAGAAGACGGCAGCGACCCAGCCGAGGGCCAUAUACUGGAUGUUAGUAUCUCUGCGAACACGACUGGAUCAAGGGCCGACAUUGGGGGCAAAGCCACUCUGAGGCGAAUGAAGAAACAACUAAUCUUCCACUUCACAUAUCGAGGUCUGCUAACGAGAGGGAAGAAAAGUAAAAGAAGAAAAUGGAGUUUAAAUUGCGAAAAGCUGAAGCCAGAGACGUCGCUGACAUCUUACGACUGGUGAAGGAACUUGCUAAAUACGAGAACAUGGAACACCAGGUGGAGCUGACGGAGAGGGAACUACUGGAAGAUGGAUUUGGUGAAACCCCAUGUUAUCACUGUGUCAUUGCUGAAGUCAAUGAUGUGCAAGUGGUGGGUUUUGCCAUGUACUACUUAACAUAUGACCCCUGGGUCGGUAAGCAGCUCUACCUGGAGGAAUUCUACGUCAUGGCUGAGUACAGAGGACUAGGCAUUGGCUCCGAGGUGCUGCGCUAUCUCAGUGAUCUGGCGAUGAAGCUACGUUGCACUGGCAUCAUGUUUGUGGUGGCGGAGAACAACGAGCCGUCGAUGCAGUUCUACAAGCGGCGCGGUGCAGAAGAUCUCUCCGAGGGGGAGGGCUGGAGACUGUUCCGCUUCGACAAGGACAGCCUGGUCAAGAUGGCUGCUCCGUCUGAGGAAUGACGCCAGGAGAGAGGUGGAGCGGAGGGCGGAGACUCAGUGCCCGCGUGAUUCCUUCGCUUUCCUCUCACUUAUGAGACGUGUCAAUUUAUACACUUGUUAAAAAUGGAAAAAUUGUAACCUGGUGAUGUAAUUGCAUAUUAUCUGCUUAGCGCUUGGUACUUAGUUUUACCUUUUAAUGUAGAAUACAUAGUGGCUUUUAUUUGCAAUAAAUGUAUAACCUGAA